CUUUGUUUCAUAUACUCUCUCUGGGAGGUGGCGUUGGGUUUCUCGUUGCCUCGUCGAACCAGGCUCGAUGGAUGCAGGGGAACACGAUAAGUCGCAGGACGCGAAGGAGAAGUCCGUCGACGACUGGCUCCCGAUCACGUCGUCCAGGAAUGCCAAGUGGUGGUAUUCAGCCUUCCACAAUGUGACGGCCAUGGUCGGCGCCGGCGUCCUCAGCUUGCCGUAUGCUAUGUCUGAACUUGGAUGGGGACCAGGCGUUGUAGUCCUAAUCCUAUCAUGGAUCAUCACCUUAUAUACUCUCUGGCAAAUGGUAGAGAUGCAUGAGAUGGUACCUGGAAAGCGAUUCGAUCGAUACCAUGAGCUGGGGCAGCAUGCCUUCGGAGACAAGCUUGGUCUUUGGAUUGUGGUGCCUCAGCAACUUGUCGUGGAGGUGGGCGUGAACAUCGUCUACAUGGUCACAGGCGGAAAAUCUCUAAAGAAGUUUCAUGAUGUUGUCUGCCCUGACUGCAAAAACAUCAAAGUCACCUAUUUCAUCAUGAUCUUCGCCUCACUGCACUUUGUUCUCUCCCAACUGCCCAACUUCAACUCAAUUUCGGGUGUCUCCUUGGCAGCUGCUGUCAUGUCCCUCAGUUACUCCACCAUUGCUUGGGGAGCUUCUGCGGCCAAAGGGAGGCAAGAAGAUGUGGAGUAUGGUUACAAACCUUCGAGCACCACAGGAACUUUCUUCAACUUCCUCAGUGCACUCGGAGAUGUUGCUUUCGCAUAUGCCGGUCACAAUGUGGUCUUGGAGAUCCAGGCAACUAUACCUUCCACUGCCGAGAAGCCAUCAAAGAAGCCUAUGUGGAAGGGUGUCAUUGUUGCCUAUAUUAUCGUUGCCAUUUGCUACUUCCCUGUUGCUCUGAUUGGGUACUGGGCCUUCGGCAAUGGGGUCGAGGACAACAUCCUCAUUACCCUGGAUAAGCCAAGGUGGCUGAUUGCCAUGGCCAACUUGUUUGUUGUCAUCCAUGUCAUUGGGAGCUAUCAGAUUUAUGCCAUGCCAGUUUUUGACAUGAUCGAAACUGUCUUGGUGAAGAAACUCCAUUUUCCGCCGAGUCUUAUGCUUCGAUUAAUUGCUCGCUCUGUAUAUGUUGCUUUUACAAUGUUCAUUGCUAUAUGCUUCCCUUUCUUUGGUGGGCUACUUGGAUUCUUUGGAGGAUUUGCAUUCGCCCCAACUACAUACUUCCUUCCCUGCAUCAUGUGGCUUGCCAUCUGCAAGCCUAGACCGGGUAGUUUUUCUUGGAUCACUAAUUGGUUCUGCAUCAUACUCGGUGUCCUGUUGAUGAUUUUAUCACCCAUUGGUGGACUAAGGCAAAUCAUAAUCCAAGCAAAGACUUAUCAAUUUUUCUCGUAAGCUGCCAGUCAAGAAUAUAAAGGAAUUGAGAAUGGAACAGGUUGAAAUCAGGUGAUGGAAAUGAUGAAAGGUUCAUUCAUGUUACUGAGAGCCUUUUAUUUGAUGAUAGACUGGGGUAGCAUAUGUCUGAAAAACAAUUAGCAUUGGCUUGGAAUUAGAUGAAUGCUGUUGUCUCAAAGAAACAUCCUUUUAGCUGUUCCUUUGUGUGUCAAAAAGUAUUACUAUAAUUAUUAUUUGUGCAUGCUAGUAAAUUCCAUG